AUGUUAGACCCGGAGGGCAGUGCGGAGCCCCAGAGCGCCGAGCCCAAAGUGCCUUCUUCUUCCCCCAAAGCCUUGCUCGUCCUCCUAGCCAUGCUCGUCGUUCUAGGAGCGUGGCUCUGGCUCGCCUUUUCUGCCUCCGAGCAGAAAGAGACCGACUUCUACUCCUUUAAAGUGGUGAAUAUCCGAGGGAAGCUGGUCUCUCUGGAGAAAUACAGAGGCGCGGCAUCCUUAGUUGUCAAUGUUGCAAGUGAGUGCGGCUACACCGACAUCCAUUACAAAGCCCUACAGCAGCUACAGAGAGAACUGGGCCCUUAUCAUUUUAAUGUGCUCGCAUUCCCAUGUAAUCAGUUUGGGCAGCAAGAACCAGACAGCAACAAAGAAAUUGAGAGUUUUGCUCGAAAAACAUAUGGAGUCUCCUUCCCCAUGUUCAGCAAGAUUGCAGUGACGGGCACUGGUGCGAAUCCAGCCUUCAAAUAUUUAGUUGAAUCCACUGGUGAGGAGCCAACCUGGAACUUCUGGAAGUACUUAGUAAAUCCCAGUGGAAAAGUGGUAAAAGCUUGGGAUUCUACUGUCACUGUUGAAGAAAUAAAACCUUACGUCACUGAACUUAUCAGAGAUAUCAUCCGGAAGAAAAAAGAUGAACUGUGA